CGGGGCUAGCCAGGGCUCCAGCUCCUGUCGACGUGGUGCCGGCUCGGGGCGCCUUUGCCGAGUGUAGCUGAAACUCGCAGCUGUUACUGCGAUGGGGCUGCGUAAGAAAAACAAGACACCGCCGGUGCUCAGCCAUGAAUUUAUCAUCCAGAACCACGCCGACAUCGUGUCCUGUGUCGCCAUGGUCUUCUUGCUCGGGCUUAUGUUCGAGAUGACUGCUAAGAUAGCUGUUGCUUUCGUCACUCUUCAAUACAAUGUUACAUUGCCUGAAACAGGUGAAAAGAUGGAUCAAGUUAUUCUUUACCAUUAUGGCUUUAAGGACUUGGCUACAAUUUUCUUUUACACAUUGGUUGCUAUCAUUCUGCAUGCCAUCUUGCAAGAGUAUGUGCUUGAUAAAAUCAACAGGCGAAUGCAUUUUUCAAAAACAAAGCACAGUAAAUUCAAUGAAUCAGGACAACUCAGCGCCUUUUACUUGGCUUCUUUUGUCUGGGGAGCAUUUAUUCUAGCCUCGGAAAAUUAUGCAUCAAAUCCUACUAAUUUAUGGGAAAGCUAUCCACACACAUUGAUGCCAUUUCAGGUGAAAUUUUUCUAUAUUGCACAGUUGGCUUAUUGGCUUCAUGCUUUGCCAGAACUUUAUUUCCAGAAAACCCGGAAGGAAGAUAUUCCCCGACAGCUUGUGUAUACCAGUUUGUAUAUUUUCCACAUUGCUGGAGCUUAUCUGUUAAACCUGAACCGUUUUGGCCUGGUACUUCUGGUGUUGCAUUAUUUUGUGGAACUUUUGUUUCAUGUUUCUCGUCUGUUUUACUUCAGUAAUGAAAAGAAUGAAAGGGGAUUCACCCUUUGGGCUUUGUUGUUUGUCGUGGCACGACUGCUUACCCUAUCUCUUUCUGUCCUCACAUUUGGAUUUGGCCUUGCUGGAGCUCAAAAUCAAAGUUUGGAUUUAACCACCGGAAACUUUAAUAUCUUGGCUGUGAGAAUAAGUGCCCUGGCUGGUAUUUGCCUGACACAAGCAUAUAUGAUGUGGAAAUUCAUUAACUUCCAACUCAAGAGGUGGAAAGAACAUGCACAAAUGCAGGCUCUAAAAAAGAAAGCUACCAAUACAAAGAGCAAAGCUACCAAAAAAGAAAACAAAGCUAAUGGAGUAAAUGGGGUCAUCACUUUUGAAGAUAGAGACUCUCCACGUGCAAGAAAAGUAAAAUCUUCUUGAAAAUAUGACUACAUUGGUACAUAACUUGCCAAUUUCAUGAUUUGUUUCCACAUUUUAAAAAAUCUCCUCAAAUGUUACUAAUGUGCUGCAACAAGCAACAUUUACUUCCAAGUACUUGUGUAAUGCUGUACAUUGGAAAGCCAAUAAAACUAAAGGGAAGGGAAAAUGGAGGGUGGGCAAGUGACUUUUUAUUCAAAUAAUUCCCAUCUAAGGAAUGAUUUCUUGAAUGGAGACUUUAUUUUUGACACUCUUUUUGUAAAAUAUUGCCCCUUAGCAGCUCCAGUGAAAUUAUGGAGGGGAAGCAACUUCAAGGGUUUGAGAGCCACUAGCCUUGAGAAACCACAUUAUGGCUAGGAUUCAGAUUUCCUAACCUAUAGUGUAGUUUCUCAGGUUUGAUUGUCUCUGUUGUGAUUCUGCAGAAAACCACACUUCCCUGAAAAUUUUUGUUAAAAAAAUAGUACAACUUCUGGGGAUACAUCGUGGAAUCUUUGAUAAUAGAGGACUGCAGUUGAGGAUCUCUCUGCUAUUAAGAAACUUGUGUGCGCUAAUUUGACAAAAACAAAACAUAUGCUACAACUUGGGGAUGGGGGUGGGGGGAGAGACUUGUUUGGGUGAUGCAGUGAACCUGGCUCUCUGAGGAACAGCACUUGCAGGGGACACAUUUACAGACAUUGCAGGGUGCAGCCCCUAAUUUACUGUGAUCUGCCCACUAGGAGUGCUAGCGACUGUUCUGGCAAGCUGUGGCCAAGGUCACACAGCAAUUAAAUAGAAAAAUUAAGAAUUUUGCAAGCAUAAUAUAAAACUGUGAGCUGCAAAGUUAGAAUUCAGGCAGUGACACAUUGUGAAAAAUAAAAUUUAUUUUUAACGUUUUGCUUGUUUUCACCUGUGGUGUGUGUUGAGUUAUAUUUUGGAAACGAAUUCAGCCUGAAGGAAGUGUUAUUUUUCCCUAUGGCAGGCUUGAUUAUAUUGCAAAUCAGCAACACAUCACCUAAUUUCUAAUUUUAAAUGUAUGAAUUGAGAAACAUUCUUGAAUUUUAUGAGAGUCUCUAAUUAUUAUUGUUCAUAGUUGGUAAUGGUACUUCAGAAAAUAAUUUUGAAACUGAUUAAGAUGUGCAUUUUGAAAGCUAAAUAGGUUUGUCGGGCUGUUGGAUUUAAAUAAAUGAUAGGCUGCUGACCAGAGAUUAAUUUUCUAUGCCUUAAUUUGUUGCAAUUAGAACUGCAGUAUUCUUCUCCAUUUAAACUACUUCUCCUAUUUCAGUCAGUUUUAUAGCUUUAAAGCCAAACUCUACAUUCUCAGGUUAAUUUCGAUUGAGGCAGUCUGUGAAGAGACCACUGCAAUAAGGAUUUUUUUCAAAAAAACUGGCAAAUAAAUACAACAGAGCUUCAAAGAGGAGAAAUGCGUUUUAUUUUUUUACUCUAAUAAAAUACACAGAGGGCUGCCAAAUUUUAAUAGAAGUUUUAUAAAACUUAUGGUAGGCCUUAGGCAAAAGAACUGAUGUAAUGGUAGAUAAUUAUGUGACUGUUAUUAAAGGGACAUUUAUUGUACAACAUUCUUUAUGUAGGGAGUUGCUGAUUUCAAAAACUUUGUUUUAUAAAACAAUUUGGAUAUAUAUUAAAUUUCAUUUUUGAUCUGUUACCAUUAAGUUUCUAAACAUUCCUAAAUGGUUAAUGACUGGUGGAGACUUAUUACAAUACAUUUUCUUUGUGUAAAUUAAGGAAUACUCCUAAUGAAUUAUUUCAAUUACUUUCCUACUGGAUUGUAUAAAAUACAGUCCUGAAUAUGGGUUGGUGUGCAACUAACAUUUCUGUGCGGGCAAGGAGCUGGAAGUCUAGGAUAAUUUACAAAUAGUUCUGUUUUCCUACAACCCAAAAAGAUGACCAAUCUUUAAGGCAAAGUUCACUAGGACUGCGUGGCACUGUGUCUGUCUCUACAUUUUGAAUUGAACUCGAAGGUGACCUUUCUGGUUGUGGUUUCCUGUGUGAUAUACGUUUAGAUAGCUGUAAUCCAUUUAAUGCUCCAAAGUACAAACUAUAAUUUGGCAUUACAUUGACAGUCUCAGGACUGGCCACGAAUGGUUAGGAAUGUGGAAUUCUAUUUUGAUGAUGGGACAUUGAACAGUUGAAACAAACUUUUUAAAGCAGCUUUUGAUUGUGCCUUAACUGUGCUGAACCUGACCUGGGAUUAAUCAUUGCUGAGUAGUCAAAGUGGAAAAAUAUUCUUCCUCACAUCACUGAGCAUAUAAAUUAAUCUUACUGCUAAAACCUCCUUGUAAAUUUUAAAUCCAGUUCUGUAUUUUUGAAUGGAAUAUCCAGGAUUACUACUUAACUUCAUGUUUGUUUGGUACCAAUUUAUUAUUUUAGACACUGUCAAACAUGCUGGAAAAAUCUAACCUCUCAGCUAGCAAAUGCUGUUGAGAACUAAAUAAGAUGUGAUAUGUCUUGUAGAACUAAGAUCAAAUUUCUGACUAUUACGUAGGAGACAUGGUACAUUGUCUGAAAUUUAUCAUUUCUGCUUAAAAGAAUCAAAGAAGCCUCUGACUGUAAUUGAGCAAAUCUGAAGUAAAACUGUCCUUCCUA